AUGACUUCGUCUGACAAGAAAAAAGUAGCAUUGGACCUUAAGACCUUUUGGGACUAGAUUGAUCGUGAUUAUUUUCAAGAGAUAUCACUCGAUCAAAGUCUUCCGUUUAUUGAUCGUUUAACCAUCUAGAUAGAUCAACAAUAACUUUUGUUGACCCCUGAUAAACCCACUCAAAUUUCAGCUGCUUCCACAAAGAAGCCCACUACGAUGCUGAAAUCGUAAACUCCAAGGCCUUCUCAUCUUUCAGUUUUUUAGAGCUCAACCAACAAUCUUUAGAAAAGUCACAAAAUCCCUUAAUUAAAUUUAAUAUCAGAAAAAAAUUUAAAACCUCAGGGAAAAUUUUCAGUGGGCAUACCUCAUUCCCACAAUCACAUGCAAAAUAUAGACUAACUGCCUAAUUAACAAGACUAAGAAUCUAUUUUUGGCAUUGAUGGAGUUGGUUUCUUAAGAGGAUAUAAACAAAUAAUGGAUCGAUAUGAUAUUCCCACUAGAUAGCCAGAUAUUGAUGAGGAAAAGCUUAGUGAGACUUAGAUUCAGUUAAGAGAAUUGAAGAUGCUAGAGGAAAUAAAGAAACAGAUUGGGAUGUUUCUCAACUAUAGUCUCUACAAAACGACAAGAGAACUGCCAGCUCAGAAGAAAUUUAAAGAGCCAGUCGUUAAAAUAUCAAUUGAUGAAGAGUUGGCGAAGUUAUAGGGAGAGUAUGAGGAAUCUAACAAAGAAGCAAGAAUGAAUCUAAAGAGAUUAAGGAAGGCAAUAUAAAAAUAUGAGGAUCCAGAUAGUGUAGUUAUAUUAAGAGAAAGAAUAGACAAUGAGAGAGAAUAUUUACAGAGAACAAUAAUUUAGAUGGAGCUGAAGCAGUUAGCUGAAUCUAUAUCAAUGAUCUCCUUUAAAAAAAGAAUUCGACAAGAAGAAAUUGGUAUGUAUUAUAACAAUAGACCUAUAUUGUGGGCAUAGAGAAUUUUACAUUAGGAAGAAAUUAAUUAAAGAAAGUAAAGAAAACUUGGUUGGCUUUAAAGAAAUAAAGAAAAUGUAGAUGAUUCUAUAAAGAAUGAAUGGGAAGUAAGCACAAAUUAUAUAUACGAUUUAAGAUUUGAUCCCAGUCUAUUGAUACCUGAAACUUGGGUAGAUGGCAAAAUAAUGAACCAAUUCAAUGCUCAGAGGGAUAAUAUAUUUGCUUCCUCAUCUAAGUAUGACAUAGUCCAAUUGAGAUAAGGAACUGCUCAUUAUCAUACUACAUCUGAAAAUACCAACAUUGAUCAAAUAGAAAAGUAAAGCAGAAUGUAAAGAAAUAGAUAAAAUCUUAGUUCAAAGAAGAGAUCUAAAUCAACACCAGGUCCUAAGAUUGAGCCAGUAGUUUAGAGCAAAAACAUAAUAGAGGAGAUGAAGUCAUUUGAUGAGGAUAAGAUUAACUACGGCUUCUGCCAUCAUUGCAAGCAGCUCAAGAAUAGAUUCGUGCUAGCCUCUUGCAACUAUAACUCUGCUAAGAUGGGUCCUACAGUACCUGCCUCUUACACAGUGAAGGAUGUCAAGAUUUACAACAGUAAGUAUCACUCCUACUAAUCACAAAAUAUUUUAGUCGAUAUUGGAAACAAAGCAUCAUAUAACUACCUGUUCAAAUAACACAUGAAUAAAAACCAUAAAGGUGGGAUUAAUACACCAUUUUUGCUUAGUGAAAUCAAUGAUCCAACAGUAAAAGCUGGCCAUCUAUAGGCUAGUAGCGGCAGAUCAAGGUUGAAUUCUGAAUGUCUUAAGGGUGAUGACGAUAAUUAUAUUUGCUCUAGGAAAUUUUGUUCAUUUUGUUUAAAGACUUAGUAUGAACUUAUAUUUGGAGAUUGUUACAAGAACCCAGAAUGGAUUUGUCCAUUUUGCUAGGGCAUAUGUUUUUGUACUAGAUGUUUAAGACAGGACACUAUGACACAAUUAAAAGCUUAUUUCAUUGCUUUAGGAGGUGAUCUUGACAUCUUAUAGACAUCUGAUUGCAUAUUUGAUAAAACAAUUUUGAAUAACUUCUAAACUCAUCUCUAGUUAACUCUCCUAGCUAAUCCUGAAUUAAUCAUAAAGUAUCAGCAUUAUCAAGACUUUAUAAGUCAUUAAGGCUACGGAUAAAAUAGGAAAUAUUAGAAUGAAACUUUAAACUAGCUUGCCAAUUAAAACACUUUAAGUUAAUUCAAGCCUCUUCAUUUUCCUUAUCCUGAGCCAAAAUUAGGCUUUACCUAGGAAAUUUAAAGCUUCGAUUAUAAACAAAAUCCAGAAAAAGACUAAAAUGAGGGUGAAAAAGAAAAAUUCCUCAAGCUAUUUGAGUACUGUAUAUUAUAAAUAAAUGAGGAAGAAAAAGAAAGGGAAAAGAGAAGGAAGCUUUCAAAUCAGACUUAUCUCUCAAUAAAGAAAAAGGAUGAAGAGAUUAUAAAUAUACUUAAAAAGCCAAGAGGUAGAAAAAGAUUUAUUCUCAUUGAUAAUUAGGUAAAAGAGAGAUUAUCGAAGAAGGAUGCAAAGUAUCUAGAAGAAGUAACAUUGCAUCACUAGCCUAUGCUUAUUGCUUCUACUUCAAAGACUAAUAAGAUUGAGACCUCAAAAGAUAAUAAAAUUCUGAAAGAAAUAAGUAAUAAGCUAGAAUAGAUCUAGAAACUUGAAGAAAAAAUUAUAAAUAAAGACAGGAUUUAGAGCUUAGCAGAGUAGAGCUAGCUCAAAGAAAAGAAACGAAGGAGAACUACUCACUUCACUCCCUCAAAAACUAAGAAGAAGAAGUCAUUAGUAUUCAGAAAAUAAAAACCAAUGCUUGGGUUUAAAAGCAAAAAAUCAACUAGCAAAGCUCUAAUGAAAUCUAAACUAAACUCUUCAUCAGCUAGCUAAAAACUGACCCCAUGUCAAUCAUAAAUAUAAACUGAUAAAACAUCCAGCAUAUCUAAGAAGGCACCAAUAAGAAUCGAGAAAGUGAGAGUUAGUAGUGGAUCAAAGAGUAUUCAGAAGCCAAAGCUUAAGCAGACUCAACUAAAGUUUUAAAAAGCACCCAAGCACAUCAGAUGA